UUCGAAUUUAUCUCCGCUCUGGAGAAGUUCCUUUCCUGUAUUGAAAGUUUUCAAUUUUCCUUUAAUUGUGCUGAGUCGUUGUUGAAAUUACUUCUGAGGACUGUGGAUUAUCGUGACUGUGAAUGUGAAUUUUGUUUAUAAGACUAUCGUGAAAAAGUGAAGGAGACAUUUGAUAGAAGAUAUUGAAGAAAAUAUCAAGAUGUCGCGAAGCUUCCUGGUGGAUUCCCUGAUUGGAAAUAAUUCGCCGCCAAGUUAUCCACUGCCUUACUAUGCGGGAAAUCAGUUGCCGAAUUAUAUGUUCAAUUUAUUUAACUUGGGUCUUGGAUAUCAUCCAGUGAGGCCCGUUCCGAGACCACCAGCUUUGCCGGUUGUUCCUCUUCAACUAUGUGGUCCUCAAAGUAUGGCGGGACUUCCAAUGCAUGGACAGAGCCCUCCUUCGCCUUUGAAUACAUCUGCAAGCAGAUUAUCAGAUUUAUCAGCAUGUAAUACAUCGCCCUCACGUCACAGCAAUUCGCCAACCCCUCCACCGAAAUCACCCAACUCCAUCAGCAAUAGUUCGAAACGGAUCAGAACCGCGUUCACCAGCACUCAGCUCCUCGAACUUGAACGAGAGUUCGCAGCCAAUAUGUAUCUCUCCCGCUUGAGAAGAAUCGAGAUCGCAACCAACUUGCGCCUCUCAGAAAAGCAAGUUAAGAUAUGGUUCCAGAAUCGCCGAGUCAAGUACAAGAAGGAGGACCUUCCUUCCGGCCAGAGCCAGAAAUGCUGCUGCUUGAGGACAUGUGGAAAGAAGAAGGACGGUUGUGCUGAGGAGAACCAGAAAUGUGAGAGUGCUGAGCUGGAAAUGCAUAAGAGGGAAUUGGAAGAGGAUGAGGAUAUCGAUCCCAACGAUGAUGAAGAAGAUGAAGGUAGUGAAUCUGGAAAGCAGGGAAAGUUGAAGGAGCGACGGACCUCGGAAAAGUCGAUCGAUGAUUCCAAGAGCACCGGAAACGUGGAUGGAUCCGAGUUACCGAUGAGUCGCAUUUCCUACGCUGAGGAGUUUCCUCUCACAAACUCUCCAACAUCCGCAGGCAUACAACUAGAUGCAAAAUCCAAUUGGGUUCCUUAUCGGUAUCCGACGGUAGUUGCAAACUCCUUGAGACAAGUUGACGAUUCAACUAGGGGUUGCAAAAGAGCCCUGGAUUGCUUUCAAGAUUCGACACAACAGGAUAAGAGGAAACGGAGAAUUGACUGUCCUCCUUAUUCCACUGUAUUGAUGCAAACGACCAUUAGCACUCCAGUUUUCACCAGCUUGUCCUGCACUAAACACACUGUGGAGCAUAUUGUCAAUUCCUAG